AUGGCAUCACACGCCAUCCUAUGCCAUCCCAUACCAUCCCAUGCCAAAACAUGCCAUUUCAUACCAACACACUGCAGGCAGGUGUGCAGUGACAGCCUGGGUGGCACCAUUCCCGUCGCUAUUGGCAACCUCACCGCACUCACCAACCUGUGCAGCCAUUCUCCCGCCACCCCCCUCUCUCCCUUUCUCCCUCCACCCACCCCUCUUCCGUUCCCCCUCGACCCCUCCUCAGUCCAAUUCCCCCUUCACCUCCCCUUUCCAAUUCCCCCUCCAGUCGCCUCUCUCCAAUUCUCCCUCCACCCCUCUCUCUCCAAUUUUCCCUCUUCCCCCUUCUCUCCCAUUCUCCCUCCACUCCCCCCUGUCCCGUUCUUCCUAUGCCCUGGGUUUCCCUUCUCUGGUUACUCGCUGGCAGCAGUCUCUCAGGCUCCAUUCCAGAGGCAAUCUGCAGCCUUGAUCAGCUACAGGAGUUGUGAGUG